AUGCCUAGCAACGACUACCCUGCCGCUAUCAACCGCGCCUGGAAGGUCAACGCCAUGGACGGCCCGCGUUCUGUUGACUUCCAGUCCCGAUUCAACGUCCUCGAAGACGUACGCGGCACUCCUACCGGCGUCAGGUUCUCAGCCCCGUGCCCCGUCGACACCUGUGUCCAGUGCUACGCCGGGACGAAAGGGACGGGCAUGAUGACGACCGUCAACGUCCCCGCCAACGGCGUGGGGGCGUUCGAGGUUUCGUUCAAAAGCUGGAGGGUUAUCAGGCGCUAA